AUGGACCGGCAGCUCGUGCGCGGUUACGUUGCACAUCUGGCCACGGCGGGCAGAACCGACGGCAAUGUACCCGCUGGUUACGCUCGGGUUAGCGUUGUCCGCAAGCUAACUGCGUUGCGCACAUUCUAUAAAUUCCUGGUUCAGGAGGGUUGGUUCGUCACAACCCCGGUACCAUCCGCCCGGUCUUUCCCCAUCAAGGUUGAAAAACCGCUGCCAUCGUUCUUGGGCAAGAACGAAGCGGUGCGGUUAUUGGCGGCUCCGGACGACAGCUCGCCCCUGGGUCUGCGCGAUAAGGCCAUUCUGGAAGUGUUGUACGCGUGUGGCGUUCGGCUGGCCGAGAUCGAAGGCAUGAACGUGGACGAUGUUUAUCCGGAGCGGCACGAGAUUCUGGUGCGCGGCAAGGGCGAUAAAGAACGUUGGACGUUGUUCGGCGAGCCGGCUGCGGUCGCUCUGAGAAACUAUCUGCAAGAUGGCCGUCCCCACCUGACCGCAAGUAGCGCCAGAACCAAUCCGCUCUUCGUCAAUCGUUACGGAAAUCGGUUGUCGCGGCGCAGCAUCGAAAAGAUAGUGCGUGGAUACGCCGCCCGCGCCGGACUCAAAGCUGGCAUCCAUACGCACACGCUGCGCCAUAGCUUCGCCAGCCAUAUGCUGGAAGGGGAUGCGGACCUGCGGGUGAUUCAGGAGCUGCUUGGACACAGCAAUGUGUCUACCACGCAAAUCUAUACCCACAUCAGCAAGCAGGAGGCGCGGCGUGCGUACCUGAACUUUCACCCCCUGUCCGAAGGUUCUGGCGGUGCAGACGUAGCGUCAGACGGCGUGGCAGUUGUCGACUCACAGGCUACGGAUCCGAUCUGA